AAUACGGUCAUGAUAUGAUAACACGUUUUGCAUUCAUAGAAAUUUCCUAAACAUAUUGUAGUGUUUAUUACUAAUUGCAUACAAAUACAUUCAUUAUGGCAGAUCAAGAUACUGAAGAACUUGGUCCAUCAGAUUUAGGUACACUUGAUUAUUGGGAAAGGAUAUACUCGGAAGAAUUUGAUAAUUUUAAGGAUCACGGGGACACAGGCGAAAUAUGGUUUGGCAGAAAUAAUUCACUAAAAAUUGUACGUUGGAUUAAUACGCAAAUGAAACUUCACAAAGAUGAUAAAAUAAUUGAUAUAGGAUGUGGAAAUGGAAUGACAUUAGUUGAACUUGCAAAAGUAGAUUUUAAGAAUUUAAUGGGUGUAGAUUAUUCUCAAAAAGCAAUUGACUUAGCUGCAGAAAUAUUAAAAGAAAACAAUCUGUCGGUUGACUUAAGAGUCUGUGAUAUAUUGAAUUUAGAGAACUCUGAAUUACCAACAGAUUUUAAGUUAGCACACGAUAAAGGAACUUAUGAUGCAAUUAGUUUGCAUCCAGAGGAUCCUGCAACAAAACGACAAAAGUAUAUAGAAAAUGUGUAUAAAAUUCUGCAACCUGCUGGUUAUCUAGUUCUAACUUCAUGUAAUUGGACUAAAGAAGAAAUAGAAAAACAUUUUGAAAACUAUUUUGUCAUCCGUAAUGUGCUUCCUUCUGAUACAUUUCGUUUUGGAGGACAAUGUGGGAACACCAUAACACAAUUAGUUCUUCAGAAGAAAUAAUGGUAAUAAAUUAAAGGAUUGAUAAAUACAA